AUUAACUUUUCUAAUGGAAAAUAAUGGAAAAAAAGCCACUUUCGUACCUGGCCAAUCAGUGCUACACACACUGCUGGCUGGCUGGCUGUAACUAUCUCUAGAAUCGUGUAGUUAAAAUACUUUCGACUUUGCACUGGACGUUCCAAAGUACAGGGAACUGGCUACUUGGCUACAAUCGCUUGCCUUAGUUUCUCGUAUAUAUAUAUUUAUAUAUAUUAUAUUUUAGAAACUGUUGCACCCUUGCUGCUUAUCAGUUUGAUUUAGUUUUUUCCACAAUUAAUAUUCCUUACCGAAAAGCUUGCUCCAGGCAGGUGUCUCUUCUUUUUUGGCUAAUCUUUGUGCAUGGCAAGUUUUGAUUUAUUGACCAGGUCCACUUUUUUUCACUAUCUAAUUGUCUUUAUCAGGGAUUCGCUUUUUUAUGCAACAAGCUAUUUCCUUGCUUUCGUUUUGCUUUAUUUCGGGAAUGUUAGAACGCCUAAUCAGGGUAGAAAAUGAUAAUUGCACUGGUUGUCAGGCCAUAUAGACAAGGUAGGUGGUCCUGAUAAGAGAAUUGUGCAGUGGAAAGCAAUAGCAGGGUUUGUUAGUUGCUCUAAAAACUCAGGAAGUUAACUUUUAUAAGUAAAUUCGAAUAACAUUGAGGAAAAGCAUUCAUAGAGUUGUAACUCAUGUUUUCGAAUAGUUCUAGUUAGCUAAACAAGUAACAAACGCCUUUCCUGUCAGUUGAAAAAUACUAUAAGAGAUUUAACUGAUAACAUACCCCGGAAAAUAAAUUAGUCAUAUUCCCUAAAAAGCGAUAAACAUGGCAUUUAGAAGCUGGUUCUCGCCGCCCGUCGUCGAAGCCGAUGAUGACGGGGAUGAGUUAGUUGAUCCGCAAACCACCCUUAGGGAGAAGUGCCAGGAAAAGGGUCAUAUCAAGUCCUUGUACGACAAGUACCAAGAGUGCAAUGAUCGUGUAAAUAGCAAGUCCAAAACCACUGAGACUUGCGUGGAGGAGUUAUAUGACUUCGUUGCUGAAUUGGAUCAUUGCGUUGCCCAUAAGCUCUUUUCAAAACUAAAGUAAAUGAAAAUUCAAGAAGAAAUAUCUCAAAAUGAAACUGCAUAGCAAUAAAUUGGCAAUUAAAUAAACAAUCCUAUGGAAUUUA